UUAUUAGAUACGUCACUAGUCAGGCUGCCGAUAAAUCCCAUUUUCUUGGAUAAUUUCGAAAUUAUAUAAAAAUGUCUUCGAAAUCUAUUGCUACUCCAUUGCUUCGUCAAAUCACGACUCGAGGAUACGCACAAGCAGCACCAGCGAGAAAAGAUGUGAGGAUACAAUCGAGUGUUUUACCUAACAAAAUUAUUGUGGCUGGAGUGGAUAAUGGUUCCCCUAUCACUAGGGUUACUGUAGCCUUCAAGGCUGGUUCUCGUUAUGAGCCACAAACUGAGCUCGGUUUGUCUCAUGCUCUGCGAUCAGCCGCUGGUCUCACAACUAAGAACGCCAGUGCGUUUAUGAUUUCGCGUAAACUCGCGCAACUUGGUGCGACCUUCAACGCAUCUGGUGACCGUGAAUUCAUCUAUUACACAAUUGAGGCAACUCAAGAAAAUGUGGAUGAGGCUAUCCAGUACCUCAACAACCUCAUAUCCAACCAAGAGUUUAGACCAUGGGAGCUGAGCGACAACACUCCACGUCUAAAGUUUGAUAUUGCUUCAUUGCCACCUCAGGUGCGUGCAGUUGAUUUGCUGCACAGAGCUGCUUACAGACGUGGACUGGGCAAUUCUAUUUUCAUUGCUCCUAAGAAAAUUGGGAAGAUCAGCUCAGAAUCUUUGCAACAUUUUGCUUCCUCCACGCUCCAGCCUGGUCGUUGUGCUGUAGCCGUUGUGGGAGACAGCAAGGACAAAGCCGCAAUGCUCGCUCAGGCUCUCCAGCUGCCCUCGGGAAGUGAGGCCCAGUCCGCUGCCAGCAACUACUUUGGUGGUGAAUUGAGGAAGGAAAUGGGUGGCGACCUCGCACACGUCGCCCUAGCGCUUCAAGGCGCGCCGGCUGGCUCUAAGCAGAGCCUCGCACUGGCAGUCGCCGCUAAAGCGCUAGGCAAUGGACCCGUCACCAAAUGGGGAGCAGACAACACACCCCUGGGCAAAGCUAUCGGAAACAUCGGACCAUUUGCUGCAGCCGGAUUCAAUGUGUCAUACUCCGACAAUGGUCUAUUUGGAGUGGUUCUCUCGGUGCCCAAAGAUGAAGCUGCUGCGGCCGUCAAAGCUGCAGCUCAGUGCUUGAAGAACACGAAUCUGAGCGGAGAUGCCAUCAAGGCGGGCAAGAACCAGCUGAAACUGCAAGUAUUGAGUGAAGUGGACUGUAACGGUCAACUUACCGAGUCCAUUGCCGCCCAGGCGCUGUAUACCGGAAACGCCAAGUCGCCAGUCGAGAUUGCUGCGGAAAUUGAUCAGCUCUCCAACAGUGAUGUUUCACAGGCUUUGACAAGUGCUUCAAAAUGCAAGAUGUCUAUGGGAGCAGCCGGCAACCUUGCAUUUGUACCCUAUGUAGAUGAACUAUAAAUCUAAAUCUUAGAAGGUACCUCUCACCUACCACUUCUGUUGUAGACCAUUAUUAAUAUAAUUUAUUGUUUUAA